ACAACACGCACGCACACACACACACACUCGAAACACUCCACACACACAAACGAGAACUCCUCGAAAUGUCCUCUAGUCAUAUGAAUAGCAGUAGUAGUAGUAGUAAUAGUAAUAAUAACAGCACAAUGGAUCUGCUCACAUUGGAGAAUCCAGUGUUCUGUUGCUAUCUCUUUUGGGCCACUGUGCUGGUGGUGAAGAUGCUGCUGAUGUCUCUGCUGACGGCGCUGCAACGCUUUCGCUACAAGCUGCUGGGUCUGGUGCCAUUGGCGUUGCGGCGAAAGGUGUUCCCCAAUGAGGAGGAUCUGUUCUUCAAGAAUAUCGAAGUUCAAUUCGAUGAUCCACGCGUGGAACGCGUGCGCAGAGCGCAUCGCAACGACAUGGAGAACAUUCUGCCGUACUUCAUUAUGGCAUUGAUAUACGUGUGCACCAAUCCCAAUCCGAUGAUCGCCUGUAAUCUGUUCCGUCUGGCUGCCAUUGCACGCAUUGUUCACACGCUUGUCUACGCCGUGGUUGCAGUGCCGCAACCGUCACGUAUUCUUGCCUUUGCCACCAUGCUGAUCAUCACCUUCUACAUGGCAGCUGUGGUUGCAUUGCGCACGCUUCGCUUUAUUUGAAUCUUAAAUAAUGGCGCCAUUUGCAAGUGCGCAUUUGGCAGGGUGACAAACAUAAAACUUUUAUAGGUUCAGGGUUGCCGAUUACUAGUAAAACUAAAUAAAUAAUUGAAGAACAA